AUGCAGAAGGAGGACGAGGAAGGGAUACGUCCAUGUAGCAUGUGCUCUGAAGAUCAUUGUCGAUGGCCUGGACAUGGACAUGGAGCGGCAGGUGAAAGAUCGCAAUACCAAGUCGUCCGUCCUCGGCCAUUUUUGCUGGCCAAUCACGUUGGGGACGCCGAAACCACCUGGCAGUGUCAUCAUCUUGGUGCUUCUUCGUCACAAGCGGAAGCGAUGGUAUUCGCGGUGGCCGCGUGGACGCCGUACCAGCGUAAUGUGCAUGCGUUCAGCGCGCGCUCGUCGACGCUCUCGGCGCUCUUGAGUCCGCACCGGUCCGAGAUGAGCGUGUCCUUCUCGAGCCCGACCGAGUCGCGCGCCGACCGCGUCGCAAAAGAGACAAAAGCGCUCAAGAAGCGCACGCACCAGAUCGAGUGGGACGCGCGCACCGACUUUUUGAAUGGCACGUGGCUGCGCAAGAGUGCUACGACGACGAGCCUGCGCCGCCUCCGCGCGCACGCCGAGGCCGCGCUGCACAAGCGCGGGCUCGCGAUCCUCGACGCGGCGAACGACGCCAACUGGGAAGGAGCGCUGGCCAAAGACAUCUUGUACCAAGUGCUCUCGCGGCAGAUCGCAUGGCUGCAAGCGAUAUCGGCGCACGUGAAAAAGCACGGGGGCACGACGUCGCUGCGCCGGAGGUCGGCCGACGAUGCGUUUGCGCGCCGCAGCGACGACGUCAAGGCCGCAUUCCAGGACGACACGUACCUCACGGCGCAUGUAUCGAGCUUGCCGCUGCUCCUGCAGGCGACAACGAUCCCUUGCCACGACGACCCGUCCAAUUUCGACUUUGCCUUUGAGAUGGUGCUCGUGGCUUCGCAGUUUUACAAGACCGACAUUGGCCAGCGUCUCGAGCGCACGGCCAUCUCGGCGUUCAAAGACAUUAGCACGUACGUGGUGCCGAGGGCGACAUUUGCGGCGCUUCACCAUGACAUUUGCGCCCACUUGGCCGCCGAGCACGGUGUGUCGGCAGUCGACCAAACGCUCCGGCGCCUCGUGCGGCGACUGCUGUGCGGUCGACUCGCUGCGGCUUACUAUGCGCCCGUCGUCACGACCCUGGCGCGCGACCAAAGACAGUUUGAUGCCAGCGUCGAGAGCGUCCGGCAGCUCUCGCUCACGGACGUCGGACUCAUCGACGUCGGCGUGCCCCACGACGAGAUCUCGCUCUCUCGCACGAUUGACGCGAUCGAAGAACUCCCAGUGCUCUUGCCGGAUGGCAUGCUCCAGACGCUCAUGGCUGCGAUCGCGACGCUCCAUGACGAAGUCGGUGACGCACUCGGCGUCACAUCGUCGCUGUGUCUCUCAGCUGACAUCGUGCUCCCGAUUCUUGUCUCGAUCUUAUCCCAUGCACAGUUGCCGCUGCUGUACAUGCAGCUGCAUGCAAUGGAGGCGAUGGGUCUCUCGGACGCAUCGGUCGGCGGCGAAACGUCCUACUACGUGGCACUCUUGCAGGCCGCCGCGGCCGCCGUGAUCCAGCACGCGUCCUCGUAG